CAGCUCCGCAGGCCGCGGCCAGGGCGCGGGAGGGGAGGGCGCAGCCGCUGCGGACGUGUGCGCCGCCUGCCGCCAGCUGGCGCUGCCGGCGGACGCCUGCGAGGCGGCGGGCGAGGCGCUCGCCGCUCGGGCCGGGGAGUCCUCCGCGGGGGAGGGUGGCGUUCCAGCGGCGGCAGUCCCGCGCGACCUGUUCGCGGAUCCGGGCCCGUUCCUUAUUACCUGAAGACUCCGAAGACGGGCGGCGACUCGUUCCUGAAGGACAUCUGGUUCCUCGCGCUGCAUCCGCUCGGGAAGGAGAUCCUCGGACUGGAGGGGUGCUACAGCUGGCACCGGAAGUUUAACCCAGACAGCGGCUCUCUGCAAGGAGUUGGGAAAGAGUGGUGGGGGAAGAACUGCAUGCGGGACGGCGUUGUGGCGGUCGCACGGGACCCUCGGGAGCACAUCAUGUCCCAGUAUUGGCAUUGCAAAUCUUCCAUUCAGGCAAAAAAGCCGUGGAAUAAAGAUUUCAGCAGCAUGCUGCCCACCUUCGAUGAGUGGAUCAGGAAUUGGACCCGCAUCAGGGCCAAAGGUUCACACUACGGUGACUUUGGACAAGGUUUCGGCUUUCAGCACGUCAACCAUUUCGACACGCGCACACCUUACAAGUGUUAUCAUCCUAUCAGCAUGCAGAGCCAUCGCUUCACCUGUUGCAGGCCGUUCCAGUUUCAGAAAACGGUCAACCUCUCACACGCUCUUCGCAACAUGUGGGCUGCGUGGUUCGUGGGCGUCCUGGAACUGUACCAGGAGUCGGUCUGCUUGUUCAUGGCCAGGACACUGGACCUAAGGACCCCACUCCCGGCUGGUUGCAACUCGAGUGACACGAAGGCCUGGCGCAAGUUCCAGUUCAAGCUGCACCACAAUGCGCACGGGGUGGACCACUCGCACAGGGGCGUCCGUGAGGAGCCGCCAGAGCUCCUCCCUGGCGAGAACUGGACGCUCUGGUCGCCGACGACCUGGUCCUCUACGGCGCAGCCAAGGCCCGCCUCCUCGCCGAGCUCGACGAGGUGGAACGCGUGCGCGGAGUCAAGAUCCUGA